AUGUCACCUGGGAAAGUUUUGCAACCUGUACUGAAGAUGAAGGUGGAUGAACUCUUUUUGUGCUGGUUGAGUCAGCCUGCAACUCAGCUGACACUAAAGGACUGCUUGAGGAGAAUCAAGAAUGAGGAGAAAACUGAGACUGGUAAUGGAGAUUCAGGAAAUGGUACAAAUGAGAGGUUUGCUAAUAAAAAUUCCAAUUCCAAGCAGUGCAUAUUAGGAGAUACCAGAUUGCCUUUGAUGUCUUUCAGUCCUCCUCAACUUUCUACUACUACUCUUCCGUUGGCAACUCCAGCCAGCUCAAGGAACGUUUCUAAUGUUAGAGCAACACGUCGAUCCUCAGGAAUCAGAGCAGUUCAACCAAAGAAGGAAGAAACUUUGCCACCAUCACUUAGUCAAAACAUUCCAACUUUCUAUUUUCCUCGAGGAUGUCCUAAGGAAAAAGUGAAUAUAGAUGCUGUGAUUGCCAAAAUUGAGAGAACUUUCUCUGAGUUUCCAAAUGAGAGGGCAACGUUAGAAGACAUGGGGAAAGUUGCAAAGGCUUGUGAAUGCCCACUUUACUGGAAAGGUCCUUUGUUUUAUUGUGCUGGAGGUGAACGAACAGGAUACGUGUCAGUUCAUAAAUUUGUUGCAAUGUGGCGGAAAAUACUUCAGACCUGCUAUGACGAUGCUGCAAAGUUUGUUCAUCUUCUAAUGAACCCUGGAUGCAACUACUUGGUGCAAGAAGACUUCAUUCCUUUUUUACAAGAUGUGGUGAAUAGUCAUCCUGGCCUAUCAUUUUUAAAAGAAGCAUCUGAAUUUCAUUCUCGGUACAUUACCACAGUUAUACAGAGAAUAUUUUAUACAGUAAAUAGGUCCUGGUCUGGGAAAAUAACUUGUAACGAGCUCAGGAAAAGCAACUUCUUGCAGAAUGUGGCAUUAUUGGAAGAGGAAGCUGAUAUUAACCAGCUGACAGAGUACUUCUCAUAUGAACAUUUCUAUGUUAUCUAUUGCAAAUUUUGGGAGCUGGAUACAGACCAUGACCUCUAUAUUGAUCGGAAGGAUUUAGCUCGACAUAAUGAUCAUGCAAUUUCAAAUCGGAUGAUAGAGCGGAUCUUCUCAGGAGCAGUAACAAGGGGUAGAAAAGCCCAAAAAGAUGGGAAAAUUAGCUACGCUGAUUUUGUCUGGUUUUUGAUAUCUGAAGAGGACAAGAAGACACCAACUAGCAUUGAAUACUGGUUUCGCUGCAUGGAUCUUGAUGGGGAUGGUGCUUUGUCUAUGUAUGAAUUGGAGUAUUUUUAUGAAGAACAGUGCCAAAAAUUAGAUAACAUGGCCAUAGAACCUUUGCCAUUUGAAGACUGUUUGUGCCAGAUGCUGGAUCUCGUGAAGCCACAAUAUGAAGGAAAAAUUACUCUGCAUGAUUUAAAGCGAUGUAAGUUGACAAAUGUGUUUUUUGAUACUUUUUUCAACAUUGAAAAAUACCUUGACCAUGAACAGAAGGAUCAGUUUUCUAUGUUGCGGGAUGGUGAAGGUGAAAGCCAAGAGGUCUCUGACUGGGAGAAGUAUGCUGCUGAAGAGUACGAUAUCUUGGUAGCAGAAGAGGCAGCAAGUGAUCAGUGGAAUGACGGGUAA